CGAUCGGUCAUGGAAAGCCCGAAAAAAACGUGAAGUACAAUGGAAUUAUCAAAAAAGUUAUACACUUUUACAAUUUCAUGUGGAUCAUGUUAGAGAUAGACUACUUGCAAAAAUUAUAGGGGAGAUUGGUAACUAUUAUGGGAGCGGUUUCAACCGCAAUAUUUUGUAGCGGUGGUGCAUGAAUUACAAUGGUGAACGUAUCCGUCGGUAAGACAGUGGGCUGGUCACCUGCGAGAACUUGUUCCCUGGGGUCUGUCAUCUUUGUAUCACAAUUCACGACAGACACAAUGAGAAUCCAGACAAAAAUGAGAGAUCAUCAGAAUAAUCAAAUCACAUGACAAAGCUUCACUGGCGCAUAUACUCUACAACGGUUACCGUAAGAACCUGUGACAAUAGUAAUAUCAUCCCCGUCUGUUAUCACUUACUCGUCUGCAUCGGAAUUCUGAUAAUAUCUCAUUACGAGUGUGUGAAUGACAAGGAAAGCCAUUGGCUGAGCCGACAGGGGAUUCCCAUAACAAAUUUCACUGGUCCUCGAAGGUCGAGGAAGUGAGGAAGCAACGAGUAUGACGCGAGAUAUGGAACCAGACCUGAUACAUCAAAAUUUUCUAUCAAGACAAUCUAAAUUCACCGAGUUGAUACAAUAUUUCGUUGAGAUUUCGGCCCCACAUGUGACCGGAGAAGUUCUAGAAAUGAUCAAAGAGUAUUAUUCCGGAGUAAUCGAUUCAAAACGUGACCGAGCUCGUGUUAAGGACAUCGCAGGACUCCUGCGAAUCUUGGAGAAACGUGAUGUUCUCAGAUACGAUUCUAUAGAGCCACUGAAACAAAUUGCUAUCCAGUGCAUCAGAGACACAAUUUUAAUACAAAGGUUAGAUUGCUACGAAGCUGAAAUCAAGAACGAACGACCAUUGCUACCGAUCAAUCAUUACAAAUACAGUGGUGAGUAUUUAGUGAGUACAAGUGUCACAGAAUGUCUGUUAAGUGAUAGAGAUUAUGGUGAACGAAAUGAUGAUCAUGAAAUUUUCAAUCUUCGAGUCGAAGAGGCACAGGGUUUUGAUGUUAAUGAAGAACAGUUAUCAACCCAUAGCAGUGUUCCAGAGAACAGAUGCUCUGGAUCAAAAUGCUUUUGUCAUUCACAUCACUCACAUUAUUUUUUAUUCAUGAAGAGUAGUCGAUGGAGGGAACGAUUUUCCCUGAUUACGGUCUUGCCGUUGUUUAUAUUAAUUAUUAUGGGGGCAAUUUAUAUACAAUAUCCUUAUCGUCAAUCGUCAGCAGUUUGGGGAUCCAGCCAGGGUUCCUCAAGCCAGUCACAUGCUGUGAAUUUCUAUCCUAAUGAAACACCACUGCCUGUUUUUCCCUAUACGGCACUUUCUCCACCAACAUCUGGUCGACCAAUCUCAGCCGUUCAAGAGCAAGUGUUCCAGAGACUCAGCGAAAACCUUGGAAAGUACUGGAGAGACGUGGCCAGAUUUCUGAAUGUCAAAGAGUACGAAAUUGAUGCGAUUGACGAGAAAACUCAUUUAAGCCCUAAAGAAAGAGCCUACGAGGCCCUUCUGAUAUUCAUAUCCAGAUGUAACUACAACUGGAAAGUGAAAAUACAACAAGCACUGGAGAAAGCACGACGGAAAGACUUGGCUGAGAUGAUAAAUGAAAUUAUGCUGUCUGAUAAUGUGCAGUAAUAUUUUUUUUCUCAAUAAAGACGCGAAUUUUUCAUAUAAAUCAUGUAUUAUUAUUAAAUUGAAAAUUACAAGAAAUAUUCUAGCGAUAAAUUGAAUGCGUGCAUUUUUUAAAAUGAAAAUUCGAGUAAACGUACAUAUAAUCGUAGAAUUAACUAUUCAGGGGCUUUACAUUGUCUAUGGCUUAGAAACAAACUUUGCAACACAGAAAUACAACAACCCGCACGUAUUUCCCGUAAACCUAAUAAAUCUAAGUAUGAUACAAUGUUACCCCUCUGAGUUAUUUAUCCAUUUUGUAUUUAAUCAGUUAAUACUUCCUCUAAAUAAAUGUACGGUCACUCGUCUUAGCCAAGAUCAUUGAAUUACA